AACCCCAGCGCCAGCAGGGGUAAAGCGCGUUGAAAAUCUUCAAUACCACGGCAACGUGUUCGAUCAGUGUUCUUUUAUUCAAUGUCAUAUUAUUUUAAAGACGAUAUAAAUAAUCACCUUGACAACGAUGUCGUAAAUAUAUAAAAGGAACGAGUUUAAAGAAGGGAGGAGAAAGAGGGGUGGUGAAAAGAAAUUUUCAAAAAAAGUGCCGAUGAGAUUCGAGAUCUUAUCUCGAGAAAGCACGUGGGAUACUUCCACGAGUUUGUUGUACGUAGUUUUGGAUUCGCAAGGAAGAAGAAAAAGAAGUUGGUGAAGAGUACGUAAAACUUUGAAAAAGGAAGGUGAAACGAAAUAAUACAGGUUUUACGGAACGGAGGAAAAAAUAGUUGUACUCGUUGUGUGUAUAUAUAUAUCUGUGUGUGUGUGUGUGUGUGUGUGUGUAUGUAUAUAUAUACAUACAUUUACAUAUAUAUCUAUAUAUAUAUAUAUAUAGAUCUCUCUCUCUCUCUUUCUCUCUCGUUUCGGCUGACAUUUUCUCGUGGAGUUUCGCGAUUCUCCAUGUGUGAGCUUUUUUCGAACGCCUUUGGGCUCAGCGUACCGUACCAUCAUCCCUUCUGUCGUCUACCCGUCGAGGCACAAAGCGUGGCACGUUGAGGGAGAAAAAAAAGAAAAGGGAAAAACGAAAAAAGAAGAAAUAAAGGAAGAAGAGGAGAAAACAGAGAGAGAGAGAGAAGGUACCAUUUUCCUACCUUUUCCUCUAUCUCUCUCUCUCUCCUUCGGUCUUUGUCCCGUGGUGUCUGUGCCAAUCGCAGUGGUGGUUGUGUCGUCGUUGGUGCUCUAGUAGUAGUGGGUGCUUGUGCUCUCGUGCCACGAAAACGCACGCUCUCUCUAUCCGUCUGUCUAUCUGUCUGUCUGUCCGUCUGUCCGUCUCUCUGUCUCCCUCUUCCGUGGUGAACGACUAGGUGAGCGGCGCGGAAAAAAUGCGGUGAACCACCGCACUAAAACCACUUCUCCCCCUCCUUCACUUCGAACCGCUUACUCUCUUGCGCUACGAAGGAUUUCUCGAGCCAGCACGUCCAUUCAGCGAGGAUGAUCCUGACACGCGAUCGACUAGCUCCUCCGGAGAAAGCGUGGAGCUUCGCUGAUUAAAAAAAGCACGCUUCUUUCGUCAGAAUUAUUCCACGAUUCUCAAGGACGGAUCUAACAACGAUCGAAUCUGAGAAAGAAAUACAGGUGCCACGCCGGGACGGUGUUGUUAAGUGUGCAGUGAUCACGGGUGACCGAGGAAAGACGAGAAAGAGGGUGGUCAAUAUGACUCCUAUCUUCCUCGUUCUGUUGGUGGCAAUCGACCCGAUUAUCGCGCAGAAUGGUGGAAACAUCAGCGACUCACAAUACAUCACGUACAUGACAAAUCCACCGACGAUCCUGGUGAGGCCUCAAUCGCAGCAGGUGAAGGCAGGUGGAAUAGCGAGUUUCUUUUGCACGGCUCAGGGAGCACCACCCCCGCAAAUACACUGGAGGAAAAACGGCAAGAGAAUUUCGCAAUCCCAGUCACGAUACCUAGUACAUACCUACGAGCAUGGAGCUUUACUACGGAUCGAACCUGUCAAAACAGCACGAGACAGUACAACAUACGAAUGCGUUGCGGAAAACGGAGUCGGCGAUGCGGUUUCCGCCGAGGCCCAACUCACCGUUUACGAAGCGGAGAAUUUACCAGCGGGUUUUCCGAUGAUCACUCAAGCGCCAGCAGCGAAGGUAGUCGAGAUGGGUCAUAAUGCUGUUCUGCUUUGCGGUGCCAUUGGUUCACCAACGCCCAUCAUCUCUUGGGUUCGAAAUAUGCUGCCCAUGGACACGUCCAAUCCACGUUUCACGGUUCUAGAUUCUGGUACAUUGCAAAUCACAAACUCUAUCAGUAGCGACCAGGCAAAAUACGAAUGCGUGGCGAACAAUUCUGUUGGCACGGAAUAUUCGAAAUCGACUCUGCUAUACGUUAAAGUUCGUCGCGUUGCCCCGAGCUUCUCGAUACCACCACCAACUCUGAGCGAGGUCACGCUAGGAGCAUCACUAAAUCUGAACUGCGUUGCUGUUGGUGCACCUAUGCCAGUUGUACAAUGGCGGAAAUAUCCAGCUACUGAUAUAAUGCCCGACGACAAUCUACCAGUUGGCAAAAAUGUUCUUUAUCUUACGGACAUACAGGAAUCGGCUAAUUAUACUUGUACCGCGUCUAGUCCUAUCGGUGUGAUACAUGCUACGUCUAUGGUGAAAGUUCAGUCUCUUCCUGGUCCACCAGAAAACAUUCAAGUGUCCGACAUCACUGCAACAUCCGUGAAGCUGAGCUGGUCUUACAAGGGACCAGACGAGUUGCAAUACUACGUAAUCCAACACAAGCCUAAACAGGCUAAUCAACCGUUCACCGAGAUUUCCGGUAUCACAACGAUGUAUUACCACGUUAGAGGUCUUAGUCCUUACACCGAGUACGAGCUUUAUGUGAUAGCUGUGAACCACAUAGGCCGUGGUCCCCCAAGUGCCCCGGUGACUGUCACUACUGGUGAAACAACGGAAUCGACGAAUGGAGGUGCCAAACCGGGUACUGCGCCAAGGAAGGUUCAGGUCCGACCUUUGAGUUCCAGCACAAUGGUUAUACAAUGGGACGAACCGGAAACACCUAAUGGUCAAGUGACGGGUUACAAGGUUUACUACACGAUGGAUCCGAAUCAACCAAUGGCGUCAUGGCAAUUUCAAAUGGUCGACAACAGUCAAUUAACAACCCUCUCCGAUCUGACACCUCACACGAUAUAUACCAUCAGGGUACAGGCACUUACAAGCGUUGGACCUGGCCCUUUAAGCGCUCCAAUACAAAUUAAAACGCAACAAGGGGUACCGAGUCAACCGGAGAUGUUGACGGUUGUCGACGUUGGGGAGACCAAGGUUACGCUCCGUUGGAGCAAACCAGCUCAUAGCAGUGAAAAUAUUCUCAGCUAUGAGCUUUAUUGGAACGAUACUUAUGCCAAGGAAAAACAUCAUCGGAGAAUACCAGUGACCGAGAACUAUACCUUGACCGGUCUCUACCCUAACACCCUCUAUUACAUCUGGUUAGCUGCUAGAAGUCAACGUGGGGAGGGUGCAACUACUAUACCUUGUCCAGUUCGCACGAAACAGUACGUACCCGGGGCUCCGCCUCGCAAUGUAACCGGCCAAGCGAUCAGCCCGACCUCCAUUUUGGUCACAUGGGAACCCCCACCUGCCGAACGCUCCAACGGGAGGAUAUCUUACUACAGACUACAAGUCGUCGAGAGCGGACGCUCCGAUUCCGAGGCGAAGGUUAUCAAACUGAAUCAGACGCGAUUCGUCUUGGACGAGCUCAAAAAGUGGACCGAGUAUCGGAUCUGGGUAUUGGCGGGGACCAGCGUAGGUGAUGGGCCCCCGAGUUAUCCUAUCUCGGUCAGAACUCACGAGGACGAUGACAAAAUGCCAGGAGAUCCUCAAAACGUCAAAGUAACGUCGAUCAAUUCGACGGCGAUACACGUCGAAUGGGAUCCGCCGAAGGCUAAGGACCAAAAUGGGGUGAUUAGGGGUUACCACAUACAUGUACAAGAAGUACGAGAAGAAGGAAGAGACGACGUGUUUAACGAACCGAUACGUCGCGACGUCCAAGAGGACGGUGUACGAGAAAUAAAUAUCACAGGACUGCAACCGGAUACAAGGUACUCCGUACAGAUAGCCGCGUUGACGAGAAAAGGUGACGGUGAUCGAUCGGCACCGGUUCACGUUAGAACACCAGGCGGGGUACCAAACAGACCACAAGUUAACAUAAAAGUCCUCAGCAGAGAUCCCGUCGUCCUUGAAUUAGAAUGGAUGGAACCGACCCAAACGUAUGGCGAUUUAUUGGGUUAUAGAAUUCGUUAUGGUAUUAAAAAUCAAACGUUGAAAAAAGAAUUCAUUCGUGGGACUCGUCAGCAUACUUACAAAAUCACCGAUCUCGAAGAACGCGGCGUCGAAUACGAGUUUAGAGUUGCCGGUCAGAAUAGUAUAGGAUAUGGUCAAGAAACGGUACAAUAUUGGUCAAGUCCCGAGGGAGAACCUAGCGGAUCACCAACCAAUUUGUCUUACUUCUUCCAAACGCCUGACACCCUCUGCGUCACUUGGGACAAACCGUUGAGACAACAUAGGAAUGGACAGAUCAUUGGUUACGACGUUCAGUUCAAUAAAAAGAACGAUCAUUCGUCGAUUAUCGAAAGAAACACGACGAAAACCCGAGAGGUAUUUUCGAAUUUGGAGGAGGACACGGAAUACGUUUUUCACGUUAGAGCAAGAACUAUGAGAGGUAGUGGUCCAUAUUCCGAAAAGAUAACGAUAAUAACGGAGAAGGAUAUCGGUAGAGCACCAAUGUUCGUCAAGGCCGUAGCAACAUCCGAAUCGAGCGUCGAAGUUUGGUGGGAGCCAGUACCCAAUCGUGGCAAGAUCGUUGGUUAUCAAGUUUUCUAUACUACGACACCGGUCGAGGAUCUUGACGAGUGGAAGCAAAAGACGGUAGGACUGACCGAGUCAACUGACCUGGUCAAUCUCGAGAAAUUCACUCAAUAUGCGAUAACAGUAGCCGCGAGAUACAAAACUGGUCUCGGUAGGAUCAGUCAAAAGAUCACAGUAACUGUCAAACCUGAAGACGUGCCUUUGAAUCUCAGAGCACCGGAAUCGUCUACACACUCUAUGACGUUAUCAUGGACACCUCCUAUAAGACUGAAUCCUACCAAUUACAAGGUGUCCUUCGACGCGGUUAAAGAGUUCGUCGAUUCUCAAGGUAUAACGCAAACGCAGAUCGUACAACGUCGGCAAAUUCUUUUCGAUCCUAGCGUAACCAGUACGACCAUUAACGAACUUCAACCGUUCACUACGUACAACGUUAACGUCAGUGCCGUACCACGCGAUGGACAAUACAGGCCACCUGCUAAAAUCACCGUAACCACACAAAUGGCCGCACCGAAGCCUAUGGUCAAGCCAGACUUUUAUGGCGUCGUCAAUGGCGAAGAGAUUCAAGUGAUCCUACCUCAGGCGUCCGAAGAGUAUGGACCAAUUUCUCAUUAUUAUUUGAUCGUCGUACCUGAAGACAAAUCUACGGCUGACAAACAGCCUGAUGAACUUACGGAAGAUAUAAUUACCGGCAAGAGUGCCAAACAGGAACGAGAAAAUGCACCAUACAUCGCUGCUAAGUUCCCACACAGAGACAUUCCUUAUACUUUCCAUUUGGGAAGUGGCGAUAUAUAUGAGGGAUAUGAAAAUAGAAAAUUGGAGAGAAAUAAGAGGUAUAGAAUUUUUGUACGAGCUGUGGUCGACACUCCUAGAAAGCAUCUCUACACUUCCUCGCCAUUCUCCGAGUAUCUUUCGUUGGACAUGAGAGAAGUUCCACCGGGCGAACCACCGCGUCGACCAAACCCAAAUACUCCGGUCGAUAAAAAUCCUGAAGUGUCUGUUAAAACCAGUGGACAGGAGCCUGGUAUGGUUUGGGUAAUUGGACCUAUAAUAGCGGCACUUAUGGUCAGCAUCUGUAUGGUUCUAUUAUUUGUAAUAAAAAAACGAAGGCAACCAUGCAAGGCACCAGAUCAGGCCGCAGUAACUCGGCCACUUAUGGCAGCGGACAUCAGUUCGAAUCAUGCACCGUCCGACCCAGUCGAAAUGAGACGUUUGAAUUUCCAAACACCCGGCAUGAUAUCGCACCCGCCGAUACCCAUAAGCGAGUUGGGAAAUCAUAUCGAACGAUUGAAGGCAAACGACAAUCUAAAGUUCAGUCAAGAAUACGAGUCGAUCGAACCCGGUCAGCAGUUCACUUGGGACCACUCGAACAUGGAAGUGAACGCGUCAAAGAAUCGCUAUGCCAACGUGAUCGCCUACGAUCAUUCUCGAGUGAUCCUUCAAACGGUCGAUGGGAUGCCAGGGUCCGACUAUAUAAACGCGAACUAUUGCGAUGGUUAUAGAAAGCAGAACGCGUAUGUGGCAACUCAAGGACCACUUCAAGAGACCUUUGGUGAUUUUUGGCGAAUGUGUUGGGAACUUCGUACGAGUACGAUCGUUAUGAUGACGAAACUCGAGGAAAGGACUAGAAUAAAAUGCGAUCAGUAUUGGCCAACAAGAGGUUCAGAAACUUAUGGCCAGAUGACGGUCACUAUUACCGAUAUCCAAGAGCUUGCUACCUAUUGUAUCCGCACUUUCCAAGUUUGUAGAGCGGGUUAUUCGGAGAGACGCGAGAUAAAGCAAUUGCAAUUCACUGCAUGGCCUGAUCACGGUGUCCCGGAACACCCAGCACCGUUCUUACAAUUUUUGCGAAGGGUUAGAUCGUUAAACGUACCGGACAGUGGCCCAUUGGUGGUACAUUGUAGCGCUGGCGUUGGCAGGACCGGUUGUUUCAUCGUUAUAGAUUCUAUGCUCGAACGUAUAAAGCAUGAAAAAAUGAUCGACAUAUAUGGACACGUGACGUGUCUGCGAGCUCAAAGAAAUUACAUGGUACAGACAGAGGAUCAGUACAUAUUUAUUCAUGACGCACUUCUCGAAGCCGUUAUAUGUGGUAACACCGAGGUACCAGCUAGGAAUCUACACUCUCACAUUCAAAAGCUCAUGCAACCUGAAAUCGACAAUAUCACCGGCAUGGAAUUGGAAUUUAAGAAAUUGUCUAACAUCAAAGCUGACUCCACGAGAUUCAUAUCGGCUAAUUUACCAUGCAACAAACAUAAAAAUCGAUUGGUUCAUAUCCUACCUUACGAAUGUAGCAGAGUGUGUUUACAACCACAACGUAACAUCGAAGGAUCCGAUUACAUAAAUGCCAGUUUAAUCGAUGGUUACAGAUAUCGCGGUGCGUACAUUGCAACUCAGGGUCCGCUUUGCGACACCACUGACGAUUUCUGGCGUAUGUUAUGGGAACAUAAUUCGACGAUCGUGGUAAUGCUUACCAAGCUGAAAGAAAUGGGUAGAGAAAAGUGCCAUCAGUAUUGGCCAUCCGACAGAUCUAUUCGUUAUCAAUGCUUCGUAGUAGAUCCCAUCGCCGAAUACAACAUGCCGCAAUACAUUUUACGUGAGUUCAAGGUCACCGACGCACGAGACGGAGCAAGUCGUACGGUUAGACAAUUCCAAUUCAUCGAUUGGCCCGAACAAGGUGUACCUAAGUCCGGUGACGGUUUUAUCGAUUUCAUCGGUCAAGUUCAUAAAACCAAGGAACAAUUUGGUCAGGAUGGACCAAUCACUGUACAUUGUAGCGCCGGCGUAGGUAGAACGGGUGUCUUCAUAACGCUUAGCAUCGUCCUUGAACGUAUGCAGUACGAAGGUGUUGUGGAUAUCUUCCAAACAGUGAGAAUAUUACGUACGCAACGUCCUGCCAUGGUACAAACGGAAGAUCAAUAUCAGUUCUGUUAUCGUGCCAGUUUGGAAUAUUUAGGAUCGUUCGAUCAUUACGCCAACUGACAAGCCGAUAAUCGGGAGCAAAGAGAUGCUACGAGAGAUCGAAGGGAACG